CAGCGUGUAAAAAUGGCUGCGGAGAAGCACGGCGAGGCUCAAUCAGCCGUAAUGGAUGAAAACAAGGAAAAAAAACCCGAGGAAGGCCUCGGACUCGAGAUAUUGCAGAUCAUCAAGGACUCUCAGCAGCAGCACGGCCUGAGGCAUGGGGACUACCAGCGGUACAGGGGCUACUGCUCCCGCCGCCUGCGACGCCUGCGCAAGACCCUGGGUUUCAAGAUGGGCAACCGCCACAAGUUCACGGGGAAGAAAGUGACGGUGGAGAUGCUCUCCGACAGCAGGUACCUGCUGCUGGUGCUGAUGGAGGCGGAGCGGGCCUGGAGUUACGCCAUGCAGCUGAAGCAGGAAGCCAACACCGAGCCCCGGAAGCGCUUCCACCUGCUGUCGCGCCUGCGCAAGGCGGCCAAGCACGGCGAGGAGCUGGAGCGCCUGUGCGAGAGCCCCAGGGUCGACGCCAAGACCAAGCUGGAGGCCCAGGCCUACACUUCUUACCUGACUGGGAUGCUGUGGUUCGAGCUACAGGAGUGGAAGGCAGCCAUGGAGGCCUUCAACAAGUGCAAGACGAUCUACGAGAAGCUGGCCAGCGCGUUCACAGAGGAGCAGGCUGUGCUGUACCACCAGCGAGUGGAGGAGAUCUCCCCUAACAUCCGCUACUGCGCCUACAACAUCGGUGACCAGAAUGCCAUUAACGACCUGAUGCAGAUGAGGCUGAGCGCCGGAGGUGGUGGAGGCAUGAUAGCGGAGAAGCUGGAGGCCCUGAUCACCCAGACCCGCGCCAAGCAGGCCGCCACCAUGAGCGAGGUUGAGUGGCGUGGCCGGACCGUCCCGGUGAAGAUUGACAAGGUCCGGAUCUUCCUGCUGGGGCUGGCGGACAACGAGGCGGCCAUUGCUCAGGCGGCUAAUGAGGACACUAAGGAGCGCCUGUACGAGACCCUGCUCAGCGAGUGCCGGGAUUCCAUUCAGGCCGUGCGGGAGGAGAUCAAGGCCGACUCUAAGCAGCGAGAGAGAGCCAUGGACAUGGACACUGGGAAGGUCUCCAACCUGCAGUACCUGCACAGCUACCUGACCUACCUCAAGCUGUGGACCGUGGUGAAGCGCAAUGAGAGCAUGGCUCAGGCUCUGCACGCCAAGCUGAAGGAGCCGCAGCCGGACGAGAACAAGAGGGGUCCCCGGCCCCAGGAUCUCAUCCGCCUCUACGACAUUAUUUUGCAGAGCCUGGCGGAGCUGUCUGUCCUGCAGGGCCUGGAAGAAGACCACAGCUUCCAGAAGGAGGUGGCCCUGAAAACACUGGUCUACAAGGCCUACAGGUGUUUCUUCAUUGCCCAGUCCUAUGUACUGGUGAAGAAGUGGAGUGAGGCCUUGGUUCUGUAUGAGCGAGUCCUGAAGUACGCCCGUGAGGUCCAGUCACAGUCCAGGAACCUGAAAAACAGUCUGAAGGAUCUCCCAGAUGUGCAGGAGCUGAUAUCUGAGGUCAAUGCUGAGAAGUACUCGCUGCAGGCUGCCGCUAUCUUGGACACCGAGGACGUGUGUGAAACCCCUUUGCAGUCCCAAGUCAAAGACGGCAAGCCUCUCUGUGAACGACUGGAGACCUUCUCCAUAGACGCCUCCCUCGUCGGCAAGCAGCCCAACCUGGUGCAGUUCCCCCCCGAGUUCCAGCCCAUCCCCUGCAAGCCCCUGUUCUUCGACCUGGCGCUGAACCACGUGGCCUUCCCGCCUCUGGACGACAAGGUGGAGCAGAAGGGCAAGGGAGGCCUCACCGGCUACAUCAAGGGAAUCUUUGGAUUCGGCAGCUAAUCUGGGCCCAGGCUUUUUUUCCCCCCCCCCCUUUUUUUUUUUGCAAAGGCCUAGGGGUUUGUAGAGCUCAGCUCUGGGCCUUCUGCAGCCUGCAUGGGCCCAGGAACACAUGCCGAUGGAACUCCUGGACUUGCUGUGACCGAUGGAUUCUAGCAUGUUUUAUGGGCUUGUGUUCCACAGCCUGCGUAGUCCACUAGUGGGCUCUGUUAGGUAGUAUCCUGGAGUAUCUUUAAAUAUCAUUUUUAAUACUAAGGCGCCUUCAGUAUGCCAUGUUGACAUGUCAGAUACUGGGAGCCUCACCUCUGUGCUCAGUACCUUUCUCGCAGUGUUUCACCAAAAUCAUUCCAGACGCAGAACAGCAAAAUAUGACUGGGUUUUAAAUUGCUUACCAAGACUGGGAACAUAAGCAAUUGUAUAUUCUUUUUUUUUUUUAGAAAUUAAGUACAACAAGCAAACGAGUUAGAUGAUGGGUAAACCGUCAGUGUUUUUAUACAUUAGAACCACUUUGAUCACCGAUUUAACUACAUGAGGUCAGUGUAUAGUUCCUGCACCUUGGGUUUGAGAAAUGGGUUUGUGUCCACACCAUUGACCUUGUCUACAUUUUCUGACGGCAUAGUUGAUGUUUUGGGUACCUUACUGUUACCGUAGUGGGAAUGCACUGGAGAGGUGUGAACGUUAUUGUACUUCAGAUUGUGAAACUGCAGACCACGUGCAUGGAAGGUAAUCCUUUUCCUGUGAAGAGAUCGCAGAUAAUUAAAAUGAUUUUCUUUCUGUGUUGAAGCACUAAAUGA